GAAGUGUACCUAGUGCAUUUGAGAAGUAACGAAAAAAAAAAUGGCUUCGGAAUCAUCGUCGGCGGUGUCUCCGAUGACGGUGGAAGAGUUGACGCUGGCGGUGAAAUGGAGCGGUAAAGAGCACACCGUCAGAGUUUGCGGCGAUGACACCGUCGGCGAGUUGAAACGACGGAUAUGUGAAGUCACAAAUGUUUUGCCUAAACGCCAGAAGCUUCUAUACCCAAAAGUUGGUGCAAAACUCGCUGAUGAUUCUCUUCUUCUAUCUCAAAUUCCUCUCAAAUCCUCCUUCAAGAUGACUAUGAUCGGGACAGUUGAAGAUGAUAUAAUUGUGGAUCAAGUGGAAUCUCCAGAUAUCAUUGAUGAUUUUGAGAUUGAGCAAGACGAAGCUGUAGAUAUAAAGGAUAAAGAAAUCAACAAAGAGAAGUUGAAAAGGCGCAUUGCACAGCACAAGAUUGUGCUCCGUAAUCCUUGCCGUGAAGGUAAAAAGCUGCUUGUUCUGGAUAUUGAUUAUACUUUGUUUGAUCACCGGUCAACUGCAGAGAACCCACUCGAACUAAUGAGGCCAUAUCUUCAUGAGUUUCUCUCGGCUGCUUAUGCAGCAUAUGACAUCAUGAUAUGGUCGGCAACCAGCAUGAAGUGGGUUGAGGUGAAAAUGAAACAACUUGGUGUACUCGAUAAUCCAAACUACAAAAUUACAGCUAUGCUGGACCAUAUGGCCAUGAUAACAGUACAAUCGGAUCAUUAUGGAGUUUUCGAUUGCAAACCGUUAGGCCUAAUUUGGGCUCAUUUUCCAGAGUUUUACAGUCCCAAAAAUACUAUAAUGUUUGAUGACCUGCGAAGGAACUUCGUGAUGAACCCUCAAAAUGGGUUGCCUAUAAAGCCAUUCAGAAAGGCACACGCUAAUCGGAGCAGUGAUGACGAGCUCAUGAAGCUCACUCAAUAUUUGUUUGCCAUUUCAGAUCUUGAUGACUUGAGCGUUCUCGAUCAUAAAAAAUGGGAGUCCUUCGAUGGAGUCAGUUUCAAAAAACACAGAUAUUCCUAAGCGUCUGUAACUCCUCCCGAAGUCGACGGAAAAAUGAUUUGUGUUGGACAAUACAAAGAGAAAUGUAUCCAUUCCGUUCCACUACUAGGAGAUAACUGAAUAUUUCUGAUGUAUACUUCUAAUUAUUAGGCAGAAGGGACUAUGUUUUGCUGAAGUCAUUUUGUAUUUGGAUGAAUAUGGAUUUUUGUGUUUCAUUAAGUUACUUAUUCUACUAGUCAUGGUUGUUAACAUUAUUGUCUGAUUCAGUGCUAAAAUCAAAACUUCAUUUUUU